GGAGCGUGCCUUGGCUUUCUUAAGGCACAGAGCCCACAGCGACGUUCCAGGCCCGGGUGGGGGCACGGUUUCUUAGGUGUGGAGUGGUUAGCGGCGUCAGCUCCCUUCACCGGCCAGGACGGCGACUUCCACGCCUCGUCGCGGCACUGGCGCCUGGGCGUGACUGAACGGAGCCCUGGGUGGGAGCCGUGCUCACAGUCUCUCAGGUACCUGAAUACUGGCCUUGUGUCUGAAGCUCCUGGAACUUUUCUCUUACUGAGAUAUAACUUGGCUCAAAUCACACUGCAUGUAUAUAGUACACAAGUGCUUAGCCCAAGCCUGAUAAUUAUUGGAAUCCUUUGGUAAGACAAAUUCAGACAACAGCGGGAGUUCCAUCUAGGAAGAUGCAGCCUCUGGACAAGUUGAUGGCUAUCUCAAAACCUCAAAACCUGGCUUCUCAUGAACAAAGUGAGGUCCUGAGAGCAGAUGUGUCUUGGCAGCAGGAAACCACCCCAGUCAUGGAGACAUAUGACUCUGAAGCCUCUCGUCAAAAGUUCCGGCAUUUCCAGUAUUUGGAAGUGUCUGGGCCUCAUGAAGCCCUGAGCCAGCUCUGGGAGCUAUGUCUUCAGUGGCUCAGACCAGAGAUUCAUACAAAGAAGCAGAUCUUAGAGCUACUGGUGCUGGAACAGUUCCUGACAAUUCUUCCUGAAGAGGUCAGGACUUGGGUGAAUUUACAACAUCCAAAGAACAGCAAAGAAGUGGUGACCCUUAUAGAGGAUGUAGUUGAAAUGCUUAAAGACGAAGAUAUGCCUUUCAAGGAUUCUGUCCUGUUCCAGAAGGGGAGCAUCAAGAAGGAGAAAAUGGAAGCUGACUCACUAACAGGCAAAUCCCAGGAACCAGUGACAUUCAAAGAUGUGGUUGUGGAAUUCAGCCAGGAAGAGUGGGGGCAACUGGACCAUGCUGUAAAGAACCUGUACAGGGAUGUGAUGCUGGAGAACUAUAGGAACCUGAAUUCACUGCAUAAAGAGCAUCUACUUUCCAAACAAGUUGAGAUCUCCAAGUUGGAGAGUAAGAAAAAAAGAUGGAUAAUGGAGAGAGAAAUCCCAAGAACAACCGUUUUUGGCAGAGAGACAGUUUCAGAAAACCAAGAUUCAGUUCCAAAGCAGAGAAUUUCUGGAGAAGAAGCAUCCCAUGGAGUGAUUAUGACAAGACUGACCAAGAGUAGACACCCUUCUUUAGAUGGCUGGAAAAGUGAUGAUUGGUUACAUAGCAACCAGGAACACUGGGACAUAAAUUUGCCACAAGAAGCUUUCAUUCAUAAGACAAUCUACACUGAGGAAGGUGACUUUGAAUCUAGUGAAAAUAAGAAAAGCUCUCAUGUUAACUCAGUUGACUCAACUUUUGAUACACAACAAGGAAUUCCUAUAAGAAAGGGGCCCCUAAAGUGUGAUAAGUUUAAAACUAACUUCACAUUUAAUUUAGACUCAGUAGGUAAGCAACAUUCAGAACAUAAUGAAUGUGACAAUGCCUUGAACCUGAGUCCAGAUAUUCAACACCCAGAAAGUCACACCACAAUGAAUUCCUAUGAAUGUUAUCAAUGUGGGAGAGCCUUCAGCCGGAGUUCAUCCCUUGUUAGACAUCAAAUCAUUCAUACAGGAGAGAAACCCUACAAAUGCAGUGAAUGUGGGAGAUGCUUCAACCGACGUACAAACCUUACUAAGCAUCAAAAAAUUCAUGCUGAAGCAAAGGCCUACAAAGGCAAUCAGUGUGGCAAAGCCUUCACUAAGGGUGAAGACAGUAAUAUAAAUCCAGGACUCCAUUCUGGAAAUAAUCCCUAUGAGUGUAACUGUGGAAAAUCCUUCAGCCGGAGCUCCUCACUUAUUCGACAUCAAAUGAUUCAUACAGGAGAGAAACCAUUCAAAUGUAAGGAAUGUGAGAAAACCUUCAAUAGGAGUUCAAACCUUAAAAAACACCAGAAACUUCAUAGUUAGAGGACAACUCAAGAGAAGUCCUAUAACAGGCAGAAAUUCGGGAUUGCCUUCAUUCAGAGUGCAGAACUCAUUCAACAUCUGUGACUUUAUGCUGGAAGGAAUCCUAUGAAUAUAGUAAAUGGAAGAAAAUAUUUGACAGAGAUUAUUCUUUAAUUGAUAUGACAAUUAAUAUUGGAGAGAAAUCUGUUAGUAGAUAGAAAUCUAAGGGAGUUUUUCCAGGCUCCCAAAUGAAACCACAACGGUUUGGAGUUAAACGUAUCAGCAAAUGAGUGUUUGUCUAUCAUUCUGAUACCCAUUACCAUGAUCUCUCCCUACUUCAUAAAUGGGACCUGUGGCAUUUAUAUUCACCUGAUCUAUUGAUGAAGUAGAUAUUAAGGAGGAGCCAAGCAAUACCCUUGGAGUUGAUAUUUAAUAAAACUCAAACUUUCAGUCCUUAUAAGUUCACAAGGAAGCAGGAGCUCACAAGAAUGUAGGAGGACACUUCUGUGGACUGAAUUCUCUGAAUUAAUGGCAAAGACCACAGUGACAGCCCAGUACUCCACCCUUGGCUGUCCUGGUGCUGAGUGGGGACUAGAAUUGUAAGAGGGUUAUCAACUGCAGUGGGAGGUGGAUGUGUUGUUAAUCUACAUGUAUUCUUCAGUAUCUGCAUUUUUUAAAGUACUCUUUGGGAUCUAGGCUGGAGAGACAUCCAUAGCCCUAGGUUUGUCAUUUAUUCCAAACAUUAAAAGGUUAAUAAAGUUGCCUAAUGCUCUGUG